CGGGACACCAGUGUGUCACACUCAAAGUGUUCCGGGCUCAGGGUGUUAGCCAGCAGACUUGUAUGUUAUGCUGGUGUAACACACAACACUGUGUGUUAUGUGUUUGUAGUGUCUGUGGCCACUGAGUAUCGCCUAAGCAUGUAGCAGCAGAUGAUCCUUGCCGCUGAGGCUGUCUGACUGACUGACUGACCCUCAUCAUCAUCAUCAGCUGGUUGAACAACAGCUUCUGUGACUGACACUCAGCAGAGCAGGAUGUCAGACACUGGGAACCAGUCCUGCCUGAUGGGAGCAGAGGAUGCCAUCUCCUUCCUUGUGUGUGUGUUUCAUGUGUGGGAGGAAUGGGCUGGCCUCGAUCAGGCGGAGGACUACCUGAGUUUUUUGGAAUACCUGCUGUGGGUCUUCACCCCUCUGGCCAUUGUCUUCAUCUUGCCCUUCCUUAUUGUCAUCCUCCUCUACCUCUCUAUACUCUUCCUUCAUGUGUACAAGAGAAAGAAUCAGCUGAGGGAGGCUUACUGCAACAACCUGUGGGAUGGAGCCAGGAAGACCCUGGCUAUUCUGUGGGAUGGACAUGGAGCUAUAUGGCAUGGCUAUGAAAUCUAUGGGAUGGAGAAGAUCCCUGACAAAGGACCAGCGCUGAUAGUGUACUAUCACGGAGCCAUUCCUAUCGACUACUACUACUUUCUGGCCAGUCUCAUCAUCCAGAAGGGACGAACCUGCCACUCUGUUGCUGACCAUUUUCUCUUCAAGAUCCCAGGUUUCAAGUUACUAUUGGAGGUGUUCAGUGUGAUCCAUGGUCCUCAGGAGGAGUGUGUGCGGGCUCUGAGGAGUGGUCACCUGUUGGGGAUUUCUCCAGGAGGAGUGCGGGAGGCUCUGUUCAGUGAUGAGACUUACCCUCUCCUCUGGGGCAAACGCAAAGGUUUCGCACAAGUUGCCAUUGAUUCUAAAGUGCCAGUAAUUCCCAUGUUUACGCAAAAUUUGCGGGAAGGCUUCAGAUCUCUUGGAACACUCGGAGUGUUCCGCUGGGUGUAUGAGAGGUUUCGUUUCCCUGCAGCUCCUGUUUAUGGUGGAUUCCCUGUGAAAUUUCGGACCUUCCUUGGUGAUCCAAUCCCAUAUGACCCUAACAUAAAUGCUGCAGAGCUGGCAGAGAAAGUGCAGCAGGCAGUCCAGUCUCUGAUAGACAAACACCAGCGGAUCCCAGGGAGCAUCCUGAGAGCCUUAUUGGAGAGAUUUCACACCAAGUACAAGUGUGAUUAACAGCUGUACAACAACAGAGACCUGUCCAGUGUGUGACCAAAAUGCCAUGUCACUUGACUACAUGGUGCACAGGUUUGGUGGCUUGAUGUGUUGGGAUAUUUGCACAGCUCUAUGCACUGCCCCAAACACUACAGACUGCAGCUGAGGUUUCUUUUACAGUACAUACAUGUUACAUAUUUCUGAUGUGUUCAUGUGUACAUUGACUUUCUUCUUCUUCUGCUCAUUCCCAAGAUUAAUCUGUUUCAAGCUAGACUUCCUUAAGUUGGGAUAAUGGAAUUGACAUAUAUCGUACUUCAAUUUAUAAAUGGAAAGAUCAUUUUUUACAUAGCUUAUGAUAUUUUUGUCUUGAUUAUUUACAUCAGGAGCAAUUAAAUAUGGACUUCUAGACUGCAGUGAGCUGAAUGGUUCGUUAAACUUGGGUUUUGAUAUUUUUGGUCAUUUGAGCUGUUUGUACAUGGUAUUCAGGCAAUUAGUAAACUGUCCAAGCCUAUGAAUUGCAGUUACUAUGUAGAAAUUUGCUUGUAGUGCUAUACGAGAACUUUUAUUUUUGCACAUUUUCUGUUUCAAUUGGCUUAGAGAAAACAAUGUACUGUGUGCAAAACACACUAAUUCUAUCUAUCUAUCUAUCUGUGGGGCAGAGGAAUCAGGCUGCAGGGUUAGAUGAGUCUUAACUGAAAGAUAAGACACAGCUGAACCCAGUGCUUAAUGUUGUCCCACAAUAAAAGGAUUUAUGGUUUUGUGAGGUUUAAGUAGAAGUUUCAUAUAUGAACCAGGAACGUACAGUGACCUAAAGGAGUGUGUCUUGUGUCUUACACCUACAACAGAAAACAACAAUUUUAAUAAUUAUAGAGAUCAUAGUGUUAUGAUUACAUCAAUUCCAGUGGUUCCUAUUUUUCCUCUACAUGUCUUCUACACAUCAGUUAAUGGUUAAGCUUUAUAUGCAAAAUACACCGACCUACGCUCUUCUAUGUAAUUUCCUUAACUCUUAAAUGAGCAGGUAUCUACCAGCUGAACUGAACUGAACUGUCCAGUUCCCUUUAUAAUUAGUUUACUUUAAUAGCUACAUACAAGUUGAUUGCUGUUCCCAGAAAUCAAGGGAACAUUUGUAGUCCUCCUUGUCACAGUACAGUACCUUUUAACUGACUGAGUUGUGGUACAUUGUCAAUACAUUAUCCUUUAUGUACAUAGAUACUGGACAAAAUGAUCAGUAUACGACACUGAAAUUCAAUCCAGUACAACAAAAUACUGCUACAAAGGUGUUGAUUCAUCUCUUGGUAGUUUGUGAAGGUGCAGUCUAUGUUUUAUUAAAUUAUAUUAGAUUAUAAGGUAUUUUUAUCAUGUUGUUCAUAGUUGCACAAAUAUCUGUUAUUUCCAGUAUGAUACAGCUACAUAGUGAACCAAAUCACAACCAAAGGUACGAUUAUUUCUAUAUAGAAGAUACAUGGGAAUGCUUUAUUGUCAGCAAGCCGUCCAUUAGAUAAGAGAUUAUUUCUAAAAUGUCAAGGUAUACAUAAAUCCAGAUGUAAAUCCAGAUUCUAUUCAAAUGCCUUCAAUAUUUAUUUUUGUUUUGCUACUGUUUCUAGCAGUGUCUCAGUAAAGACAUAACUAUUGAAGUUAAUGUUGGUUAGGACAUUGUGUUUUUUUCUGUUUCAUAUCAUUGUAAAGUGAAUACAUGUUAUUGUAAUGAACUUUACCACUCUUGGAACUUAUGAUUUGCAUUUAACCUAUUUUGUGCUUUUUAGUGGGUAAACAAAUGAAUUGAUUAAUUGAAAAAAAAAAAAAAAAAAAAAAAGUAAUUGAUAAUAAAAGUGAUUAUCAGGUGCAGCCAUACAAAGAGCAGUGGACUUUACUUAAUUAAAUAAAGACAUUAAUGGCAUUGUUUCUAUUCAUGACAAGCCAGGCUAAAAAGACACAUUUAUUUUAGAAGACUCUCCACUCACCUCAGGUCAUGUGAGGCUGCUCCACCAGCUCAGUGAAAGGGUAUGUACUGUACUUCAGCAUAACAUGCAGGUACAUACACUGAAAGCAUUGACAAAUGUACUGGCAUUAACUAGUCUGCAAAGUCUGCAAAUAAGUAAAAUCAUUUUCACUUUAAUACAACAAUGUGUGCUGCUUUCUGGCCAUGAAAGAAACAUGACUUCACUUGAGCUGUUGUCAAGAUAAAGGUGGAGGUGGGUGGAGAGCAACCACUUACUGUAGGAGCCUUUCACCUUGACAGCUGCUAUCAGUGAAGUUUCAGUCUCCCCUCUUAAAACACAUCACAUAUCUUCUCACUGUCUACUGAUCUACUUUAUCAGCAGUAACAUAAUCAAUUUGUUUAAAUUUUGAUUGUCCAGUUGAAGAUAAAUAGUCCUUGUGUGUGCAUGUAUACAGACAUAUUUGCAUGUAUGACUAUGUAAUUAUUGUGAUUCAACCAGUGGUUUUGCACACAGUCUUCAAAGUCAAAGUAUCACUGCCAACUCAGAUGUAGUCAUUUUUAAAGAAGCCUUUGUGAGACCAGUUAUGUGAUUGGUAACGUGAUGUUUAACUGAUGCUUCUAUUAACUCGUUGCCUUUUUCAUAUUUAUGUUUUUAGUUUUUAUCUAAGAUGUAUUUUUGAAUUAUGUUAAUAAAAUAUAAAUGGUGCACUUUUAAUAUUGAGAUCAACCGCAUCCUAUUAAUAAAUCUAUUUUAUUAAAAU